UAUAAGGUUAGUAACUUAAGUGUAUCACGUGUACACGUCGUUACGUCAAAGGUUCCGAUUCACCAGGUAGAAUGAUGGGAGCGAUGAGCUGGACUCGAUAUGUCGGUGUUGGUCUGUUGUUUGCGAUCUCGUGGUCAGCUAGCACGGCGGACGAAGGUUGGUUUUGGCACGUGACUGACUUCCAUUAUGAUUUUUCUUACUCUGGCCUUGACCUUUCCUGUAACGAUGACGUCACAAAUCACGGCACGUAUGGAAAUUACUGGUGUGACUCCCCAUGGAGUCUUGUUGAUGUCAGUGUGGAGGCCAUGAAAACGUUUAAACCGGAUGUGGAUUUUAUCCUGUGGACUGGUGACAGCGUCUUGCAUGCUGGGGAUGAGCACCUGAGUGUUGAUAUCAACGAUGGAAUUCUGAGUAACAUCACAGAAAAACUUGUCCAAGAGUUUGGCUCCACUCCAAUUUAUGCAACCUAUGGCAACCAUGACUACUUCCCUAGCAACCAAUUCCCGCCUAACAACAACGAGUUGUACAACCGAACGUUAGAAAACUGGCUACCAUGGAUAAGUGGUGAAGAGGAAAAAAACAAUUUUUUGAAAGGUGGCUACUACACUGCGGUCACAACUCAUGGUAUCCGUAUUGUCGCCCUCAACACCAAUCUGUAUUUCACAUCUGAUAAACUGACUGGAAGUCUCCACGACCCGGCUGACCAGUUUGCCUGGCUUGAGACUGUGCUUGCCGCUGCUGUCACCAACAGCGAAAAGGUACUAGUAACAGGUCACGUGCCGCCCGGAGUGGUCGAUACGAUGGGGAAACCUUGGAUGUACCCACAGUUCAAUGCGAAACUGAACGACAUUAUUAGGAAAUAUUCUGACGUCAUCAUCGGCCUCCAUUUUGGACAUGAGCACAUUGAUAAUUUCCGAGUUUACACGAAAUCUGGUGUUCCGGUGGCGACAAUGUUCCUUGCCCCGUCCGUUACUCCCUGGCGUUAUAAGAUCCCUGGACAGACAGGCGGUGCUCACAAUCCAGCAAUCCGGCUGAUACAGUAUGACCGACAGACGGGGCAACAUAUCAACAUCAUCACGUACUACAUGGAUCUCCCAGCUAGUAACACACAGGGCACCCCAAUGUGGGCGGAGGAAUACAACGCCACACGGGACUACGCUAUUGAUGACCUAUCGUCAAACUCAAUGAACAAGCUCGUGGAGAGAAUGAGCGUGUCAAAUAGUCCAGAGUUUGCUAAUUAUUGGAAAUGGCGUGUCGUCAGUGUCCAAGACGAAAUGUUAGAGGGAUGUGACGAAGCAUGCAAAGCCAACACUGUUUGUCAAUUUAAACAUGUAGACCAAUCGCCAUACGACGCAUGCGUGUCAAAAGCCGUGAGCGGCUCGACAUAUCUGCUACCAAGUUUAAUGAUGGUUCUAAUAUUAGCGCUUUCAUGUCUUGCAGCUCAGAAAUAGUCAGAUGAACAGAGACACCAGAGUCAUCUCCCUUUGUCAAACUGUUACCUCCCGAAUUCCUUAUAAAAAACACCAGUACAGUUAUUGCUCUUUUCAAGGUCAAAAUUAUAACCUUGAAAUUUAGUAUUUUGUAAAGGUUAACAUCAUGUUAUCAAGACAGGGAAACAUACAUAUAUUGAGCACACAGUCUGUGUUUAACUUAAUGCAGUCACCGAGGCUUGCGUACACAAACACUUCAUUGCGUGAUUUCCUAAUUUAGCUAUGACAAAUUGCUUAACCUUACUAUAACUAUAAGUAUGAAGAGGUCAUACAAUUUUUUAAACCAACCAAACCGUUCCUGACGUGUUAUUUGAGCGUGUGUGGGGUGCAUAGGGGGUGUUGUUUAGGAAUCCACGAGAGAACACGUUGCACGAAAUGUAUGUUGUUGAAUAUUUAAAAAAAAACACGAAGUAAUAUCUUUAGUUAAUUAACUUUAAAAUGUUAUCUUGGUGCAUAUUCUGAUGCGGGAAAACGGAAACAAUCAAACAAAAUCUGUCGAUAACAACCAUCCGACAUACAUAUAUUGAGGAGGGUUCAAGUCGUUCAAGAUAAGCACAUUUAACGUAGACUCGCCCAUCGUGAAAGCUUCCCAUUUAUAUAUAUCCACUGCCUCAUCUUUAAUAAAGAAAUAAAGAUUAUUUAUUUUCUUAAAUGA